AGCAGUUGACCUAAGGAAGGACCCAAGAAAGGAAAAUGGCAGCUCAAAGGAGGGCACAGAAGAACUUCUUCUCCCGGAAGGGGUUCUCCGAAGUGGGCACAGGGGAGAUGAGGGGAUCCUCACAGGCGUGAGCAUCACAGGACCCUCGGCUCUGUCAGUAUCCAGGAAAAUGUGACAAGCUGCAAAGUAUCCUCUUCUAGAUCACCACUUCAUGUCCUAGCCACAAGUGACUGGAGUGGAAAAUCUAGGGGCAGUGAUGUCCAAACAAAUGGCAGAUCAAAGAGAAGAAGGAGUGGAUGGAGUUAAAGUAUUUGCUGGAAGUCAGAUCAAAGGAUUGGACAAAGAGGAGGAACCCCUAGCUGCUCCAUCCCAUGGCCAGGGGUGGCGACCAGGUGGCAGAACGGCUAAGAGCACAAGGCCUGAAGCUGGAACCCGAGCCUCCACCAUGGUUGGUGACCCACCAGUACCUGCCGUACUGUGGGCCCAGGAGGUAGGCCACGUCUUGGCCGGCCGUGCCCGCAAGUUGCUGCUUCAGUUUGGGAUGCUGUUCUGUACCACCCUCCUCCUGCUCUGGGUGUCUAUCUUCCUCUACGGCUCCUUCUACUAUUCCUACAUGCCGACAGUCAGCCACCUCAGCCCCGUGCAUUUCUCCUACAGGACCGACUGUGAUUCCUCCUCUUUACUCUGCUCCUUCCCUGUUGCCAAUGUUUCUCUGGCUAAGACCGGACGUGAUCGGGUGAUGCUCCAUUAUCGCUCUCACCUACUCCAAGUACUCGACACCAUCCUCUUCUCUGGCUUCCUGCUGUUUGGCUUUGCAGAACAGAAGCAGCUCCUGGAGGUGGAGAUGUACCCAGAGUACAGAGAGAACUCAUAUGUGCCGACCACUGGAGCCAUAAUUGAGGUCCACAGCAAGCGCGUCCAGAUGUAUGGAGCCUACCUGCGCAUUCACGCCCACUUCACCGGGCUCAGGUACCUGUUGUACAACUUCCCCAUGACCUGCGCCUUCAUCGGUGUGGCCAGCAACUUCACCUUCCUCAGCGUCAUCGUGCUCUUCAGCUACAUGCAGUGGGUGUGCGGGGGCAUCUGGCCCAGACACCGAUACUCUCUGCAGGUAAAUACCCGGAAAAGAGACAGUCCCCGAAAGGAAGUCCAGCAAAGGACCUCUGUCCACUCGCCAGGUCAAGGCACAGCACCCCAAGACCAGCAGGUGCCCACCCAACUCCCAGACAUCGCUGAGGAUGGUGUGAGCCCUGAAGAUCCCUCAGGAACAGGCACAGCAGAGGGACGUCUGUCUGAGGGCGAGAAACCAGGCCCACAGUCUCCCAUUGGGGAGGAGGAGCCGGAGGCCAGCGAUGGCUCCUGGGAAGAUGCAGCUCUGCUCACAGAGGCCAACCUGCCCGCUUCUGCCCCUGCCCUGGCCCCAGAGACCCUGGGUAGCUCCCAGCCUGAGAGGAGCGCCCUCCGGCAUCGCUCUACCUGUUCCAGCUCCUGAAAGCCGGUGCCCCCACACUCCAGCCAUUUCGCACCUGACUGCUUGCCCUUCCCCCCUUGCCUUGGCUCCCUCAAUAAACUAUUUUCAUGCCA